AUGCCCAAGAUCCAGAAAUCCAAGCGCAAUAGCGCUUCGCAGGGCAUGUCAGAUGCCGCUGCCAAGACAAAGGCUGCGCACAGCAUCUUCAAGAUGAACACUGAUAUUGGCCAGCACGUUCUGAAGAACCCUGGUAUUGCUGCUGCAAUUGUGGAAAAGGCUGAGCUUAAACAAAGUGAUAUCGUCCUUGAAAUCGGUCCCGGUACUGGUAACUUGACAGCCAAGAUUUUGGAGAAAGCAAAGAAGUGCAUUGCUGUGGAAUUGGAUCCCCGUAUGGCUGCAGAAGUCACCAAGCGUUUCCAGUCUACCCCAUACCAGAAGCGGUUGGAUGUCAUCCUUGGAGAUGUGAUGAAGACCGAACUCCCAUACUUCGACGUCUGUAUCAGCAACACCCCCUACCAGAUUUCCUCUCCUCUUACAUUCAAGCUUUUGGCUGUAUCCCCGGCACCUCGUACCUGCAUUCUCAUGUUCCAACGUGAAUUCGCUCUGCGAUUGUUCGCCAAGCCUGGCGACAAACUCUACAGUCGACUUUCAGUGAAUGCGCAAAUGUGGGCCAAGAUUGAUCAUAUCAUGAAGGUUGGCAAGAACAACUUCAAGCCCCCGCCACAGGUUGAGUCUAGUGUCAUUCGAAUGGUUCCCAAGAACCCGAGGCCACAAAUUAACUAUGAAGAGUGGGACGGCCUUCUGCGUAUUGUUUUUGUGCGCAAAAACAAGACUCUCAGAUCCAGUUUCAUUGGUGUGACUAGCAUCAUGGAAUUGCUAGAGGCAAACUACCGCACUUGGUGUGCGCAAAAUGACAUCCCUGUGGAGGACGGCCCCGCUGAAGUCGCUAAUGAUGACACGGCAAUGGAUAUGGACGGAGAGGAUGAAGAGGAGGAACAAGUUGCUGAGCCAACCGACGAGGUCAUGGACAUGGACGAUGACGAUGUUCCCGACUUCUUCAAAGAAGAGACAAAUGCCCGCCUCCAAGCAGCGCUCAAGAACGGAGCUUCACGUAAGAAGCGAGGCAAGGUUGCGGAGCUAGUUCGUGAAAAGGUGCGCAGUGUCUUGGAGGACGACACUGGCCUUGGGGAGAAGCGCGCGAGAAUGUGCGAUGAAAAUGAUUUCUUGAAGUUGCUGUGGGCAUUCAACCAGAAGGGCAUUCAUUUCAACUGA